ACAGAACUGGUGUUGCUUGGUGCCCUGACUGAACCACUUCACUCCUGAAGUGCCGGUGUCCCAAGCGUGUUCUGCUCACUCAGGUGAAGGUCACAGUUCUCUGCCCCUUAGUGACUAUGGGGCUGUGGGCUGCUAUCACAUGGGGGUCUGCGCUGCUCCUGGCCCUGGCUGUGAUCUGCUUUCUCCUCUACUGCGGAUACGUGCACUAUAUACACAUGAAAUAUGACCACAUCCCGGGGCCUCCCAGAGACAGCUUCUUGCUUGGUCAUUUACCCACAGUAACAAACGCAGCCAAGAAUAAUGAAGUUAUCUAUGACUCCUUUUUAGACUGGGUGGGGAAGUAUGGGCCAUUAGUUCGCAUUAAUGGUUUUCACAAUGUGUACAUUGUGGUUGCAAGCCCAGAAGGAAUAAAGGAGUUACUAAUGUCAACUAAAUACCCUAAGGAUUCGUUUUACGAUGAGAUCUUCAGUAUAUUUGGAACAAGGUUCCUGGGAAAAGGUUUGUUGAGUGACAGAGACUACGAACAUUGGCACAAACAAAGAAGAAUCAUGGACCCCGCUUUCAGCAGAACCUAUUUGAUAGGUUUAAUGGGAACAUUCAAUGAGAAGGCUGAAGAACUGAUGCAAAAACUCACAGAAAAGGCCGAGAAGAAUUCAGAGUUUAAAGUUCAUGACAUGCUCAACAAAUUAACACUCGAUGUAAUUGCCAAGGUGGCAUUUGGCAUGGAUCUGAAUACCCUGAACGAUGACCAGACACCCUUCCCCCGGGCUAUCUUUAUGGCUUUGAGAGGAAUGCUAGAAAUAAGAAAUCCUCUAACAAAGAUCUUACCAUGGAAGAAAGACCUUGUCCGAGAGAUUCGGGAGUCUAUUCAGCUUCUCCGUAAAACCGGAAAAGAAUGCAUCGAGAGAAGACGGAAGAUGAGUGAUGAAGGUGAAGAACUUCCAAUAGACAUAUUGACCCAAAUACUCAAAGGGGCAGCUUUGGAAGAAAAUUGUGAUGAUGAGAUGCUUAUUGACAACUUUGUCACCUUCUUCAUCGCAGGUCAGGAAACAACUGCCAAUCAAUUGGCAUUCGCAGUAAUGGAAUUGGGUCGACAUCCUGAAAUAUUACGAAAAGCUCAGGAUGAAAUUGAUGAAGUUAUCGGAUCUAAAAGAGAUAUUGAGUAUGAGGAUCUCAGUAAAUUGCCUUACCUAACCCAGGUGCUUAAAGAGACUCUGAGACUGUACCCAACAGCUCCAGGCACCUCAAGAAAAAUUGAAGAGGACAUGGUUAUCGAAGGAAUAAAAAUCCCAGGAAACACUACUGCUCUGAUUUAUUCCUAUGUGACAGGAAGGAUGGAGCAAUUUUUCAAGGAUCCUUUCACAUUCGACCCAGAAAGAUUCGCUCCUGGCGCUCUUAAGCCAUACUUUACCUAUUUCCCCUUUUCUCUUGGCCCCCGGUCCUGUAUUGGAAUGACUUUUGCCCAGAUGGAGGCCAAAGUUGUAAUGACAAAACUGCUGCAGAGAUUUGAGAUCCAGCUAGUCGAUGGGCAAAGCUUUAAGAUUUUAGAUGCAGGAACUCUUCGUCCCAUGGAUGGGGUGAUCUGCAGGCUGCGUCAGCGCACAAGUGUUAUUAGAAAGGAGAAAUCAUUAUGAAUCUUAUUUUUUUUUUAUCUAUGACAGGAAAGAAAUGAGACAUUUAUACAGUUUAAUUUCACCAAAAAAUCAAAUGUUGUCAUAAUUAGUUGUGAAACUGUAGCUAUCUGUGUACAUGAAUAUGUAUUUAUACUGAUGUUUAGUGUUUGCUAAACUGUUUUAAUACAAUUAAAAAUAUUAAAGGGUUAUUAUAGUUAUAGGGGCCUAUUUAAGAACGUGCGAGCGGACAUGAUCCUAUAUUGCGGAUCAUGUCCGCUGCACAUCAAUAAAUGCUGAUUUAUCAUUGCACAAGCAGUUCUGGUGAACUGCUGGUGCAAUACCGCCCCCUGCAGAUUCGCAGCCAAUCGGACGCUAGCAGGGGGUGUCAAUCAACCCAAUCGGGUUGAUUUCCAGCGAUGUCUGUCCGCCGCCUCAGAAAAGGUGGAAAGGUUAUGGAGCAGCGGUCUUUAGAAAAAAACACGGGGCAUCAAGUUCCAUACGGAGGUUGAUAAAUAGGCCCCAUAGUUUUAAACUUACAUGUUCUAAGUGGUGCAACUAGCAAAGCUAAUUGGAUCAGCAGCAGUUUCCGCUUGGGACUAGCAGUGUUCUGCCCAAGCGAUAUGUUUACGUUGCGGGGGGUUAAACACAUAGGCCUCUAUUUAACAAAGUCUGGCGGACCUGAUCCGACAGUGCGGAUCAGGUCCGCCAGACCUCGCUGAAUGCGGAGAGCAAUACGUUAGCUGCUGGUGCAACGCUGCCCCCUGCAGACUCGCGGCCAAUGGGCCGCCAGCAGGGAGGUGUCAAUCAACCCAAUUGUACUCGAUCGGGUUGAUUUCCGGCGAUGUCUGUCCGCCUGCUCAGAGCAGGCGGACAGGUUAUGGAGCAGCGGUCUUUGUGACCGCUGCUUCAUAACUGCUGUUUCACGGGCCGUCAAGCUCCUUUCAGAGCUUGAUAGAUAGGCCCCAUAGCAUUAAAGGGUCGUAGUCUUAAAAUUCCAUGCUCUGACAAAUUAAAACUUGUUAUUUGUCUACUAGGAUGACCCUUUAAUACACAACUUUCUUAGGCUCCCGUUCCAAUUGAGAAUUAACAAGAAAAGUGUCUUGCCUGGAUUUUUGCACAGCUUUUUAGUUUUAAAACCUCUCCUAUCCAUUUAAUAAUCCUGUGAUACUCGCUUAUCUCUGGAUUUUCAAAUGCAUUUGUGGCCCAGUAUUCUAAUGCUGUUGAAUUGUCCCAAUGUAAUAGGCUGCUUUUCACAGGAUUUUUUGAAUAUUUAAGUUAAACAGCAAAGAAUACUUGUAAAGAAUCCUCAAACGCAUCAAAGGGACACAAACAUAGACGAAAAUAAAAACACAAGAAAUAAAGCAUCCUUCUUAUGCACUCAGUGACAGCAAAUUCCUUGUUUGCUUUCUUUAUGCUGUAUACAUUGUACAUUUCAAUAAAAUAAGAAAACAAACGAUGCUGGACACUGAUUUUCCAUUAAAUGUAGCAACAGUUAUGCUGAUUCUAGGGUUUGACGACUUUUUUUGGAAAAAAACUAAUGACUGUGCUUAUUUACAUACAUUUGCAUAAAUGAUUACACAGCAUAACUCAGUAAGGGAAGCUGCUAGUACUGAUUUUAAAGGAUUAAUGGUUAAAGGGACAUAAAACAAGUUGGGAUAGAGACAAAAUAUAAUAAUAUGUACUUUAAUUACUUUAUCUGCAAAUGUAUACUGAAGUGCCUUUCUAUUAACACUUUUUUUUUAAGUGUCUGGAUUGUACGGCUCUAACUCCCCCCCACACAAUUCCUUUUAUGGCUGCAUCUAUAUCCAUCCAUUGAUAUGGUAGAAUGCAAGACUUUAACACUCAUCUGCUGGAGCAGGCCUAGAAGCAAAUAAGCUGCUGUGAAUUCAGUUUAAAUACAAUGCCUGUGCUUCUGAUGUUAAACACUGAUAGGGGGGUGGGGUGGAUCAGUCUACUCCAGAAAACACAGAUAUGAAAGUCAUUGUGCUUAUUUUUGAAAAUUAUUUUAAAAUACUUGCCAGCAAUUUGUAAACAUUUUUUUUUUAUGCAAGCUAUUUUUACUUAAUUAGCCCUUUUAGAAUAUGCACAGAUCUCAACAUAUUUUAUGGCACUUACUAAGAUAAAUAUAGCGAUGUGCAUAUACCCAACUUAUUAUUCCUUCUCCUGAGGAAAGCUGGAUAUAAGCUGAAACGUGCUCAGUAUACUUGUAAUAUUUUAGUUAGAAGAAAAUAAACUGAUUCUAUGCACAGAUGUUUAUUAUCUCAGUAAACGCUCAUUGUUAGUUUUCUACUACUCUUAUGAACAUUACUGGAUGAGGAAUGGUGUUGACUUUCUCUGCCAUGUGAUCCUUCUGUUUGGCUUUUAAACAAUUUGAAUCACAUGUGUGUAACACUUCUCCCCCUAAUUAAUUAGUCAUAUGAAGUUUGCUUAUAUACAGUAAAAAAUAUUUUAAACUUAUAACAUUAUAUUAUGGGUUCGAAAGAGACCAAUCAAAAUAGUAAGAUUUUUUUUCCAGAUUUUUUUACUGGAACCAACCACCAGGGGGCAUAAAAAACUAUAAAAUAAAACAGGAGAGCAAAAUAAAGGUUAUAUUUUAGGUGCAUUGUUAAACCCUAGUUUUUGGGUACUUGUAACUUUGGAUUGCAUUAACAAAUUCCCUUGAAAUUUGUAAGGUUUGAGGUCGGUUACUGUAAGAUGUUGAAAAUAAAAAAAUACAUUGA